GCCCGGGAGAGGGAGGAGGAGGAGGAGGAGGAGGGUGUAAGAGCGCGAGCCUGAGCCCCAGCGGGACAUCCCUUCUGCACUGCAGGAGGAUAAACUUUCAGUAACAAGUAAAGAAGCUUCAUUAGAAGAAGCACUGAGGCAUUGCUUAACCAAAACUUCUAAAGGUUUGGAGAAGACGGAAAACAACCGAAAAGUCUUUUCGGCACUGUUUUACUGUACAUCAUAUGUUCUCCAAGUAAUCUGGAUGAGAACAUCUGAACUGAUCCAUUCUGUUCCUGAUUCAUCCAGUCCUAGUCCUGAAGGCAAGCUGAACAAUACCAUUAUGCAACUUCAAGCAUCUUCCUAGCCCUGUGAACUUGCACACAACUUCUAAAAGGCCAUCCCACCUCUUCUACCUUCCACCCAGAGAUGCCUCUCCAUCUCCAUUGGACCUUCCAAACCAUCCUCUGGAGCAAACUCUGAGAGCGGACAGUAACAGGAGGAACUUCACGAGGCAAUUUCGGCCAAGAUACAAACCCCUGAAAACCAGAGUUUAUAAUGGAAACAUUGACAGACCCUUAACUGUUGCAGCACACAUGGCACUGCUAAAAUAACAAGAAAAUCUCACUCUGAGGACGUGGCAUUGCCAGCAAUGUAUCAUUCCUUAACCGAAACCAGUCACCCCUUGCAAACAGAAGAACAAGAAAUAGGCACUGAUCCCUUGCUCAGUUACUUGAGCAAGUCUGAAGGAGACUCAAAUGAAAAUGGAAAACAAAAUUCUACCUUGAACACUGAUGGAACUUUUAUUUCUUACAGUAAAGAAUGGGAAGAACUAUUUGUAAACAGCAAUUACUUGGCAACAAUAAGGCUGAAGGGGAUUAAUGGGCAGCUGAGAAGCAGCAGGUUCCGCAGUGUUUGCUGGAAGCUUUUUCUGAAUGUUCUUCCUCAAGACAGAAGCCAGUGGACCAGUAAAAUUAAAGAGUUAAGAGCAUGGUAUAACAAGAUUAAGGAAAUUCAUAUAACAAAUCCUCGGAAAACUGCAGGACAGCAAGACCUGAUGAUCAAUAACCCUCUUUCUCAGGAUGAAGGGAGUCUUUGGAACAAAUUCUUCCAGGAUAAAGAACUCCGAGCAAUGAUUGAACAGGAUGUCAAAAGAACGUUUCCUGAAAUGCAGUAUUUCCAAGAAGAAAACGUGAGAAAAAUUCUUACAGAUGUUCUGUUCUGCUAUGCCAGAGAAAACGAGCAGUUGCUUUAUAAGCAGGGUAUGCACGAGCUGUUAGCCCCUAUAGUCUUUAUCUUGCAUUGUGACCACCAAGCAUUUUUGCACGCUAGCGAAGCUGCACAACCAAGCGAGGAAAUGAAAGGUCUUCUAAACCCAGAAUACUUGGAGCAUGAUGCUUAUGCAAUGUUCUCUCACCUUAUGGAAACUGCUGAACCUUGGUUUUCCACAUUUGAACACGAUGCUCAGAAGGAAAAGGACGCAAUGAUGACACCCGUCCCAUUUGCCAGGCCUCAAGACUUCGGCCCAUCUAUUGCUAUUGUUACGAAAGUGAACCAGAUUCAGGAUCAUCUGCUGAAGAGACAUGAUAUUGAGUUAUACAUGCACCUGAACAGACUAGAAAUUGCUCCGCAGAUUUAUGGACUGCGAUGGGUCAGGCUGCUAUUUGGAAGAGAGUUUCCUCUGCAGGAUCUUCUAAUAAUCUGGGAUGCCUUAUUUGCAGACAGCAUCACACUGGGUUUAGUUGACUAUGUUUUCGUAGCCAUGUUACUGUACAUUCGAGAUGCAUUGAUCUCCAGUAACUACCAAACUUGUUUGGGACUGCUGAUGCAUUACCCACCUAUUAGAGAUGUACACUCACUCAUCCUCCGGGCUCUCUUCCUUCGAGAUCCAAAGAGAAAUCCAAGACCAGUGACUUAUCAGUUCCAACAAAAUUUGGACUAUUACAAAGCAUGUGGAGCAGACCUGAUGAAUAAAACCCGGGCCAGUGCCAAAGCUGCUCCACUGAACAUAAACAAAGUCUCUAAUAGCUUGCUUAAUUUUGGUAGAAAGUUGAUUGGCCCAGCAAUGUCCCCAGGCAAUGCUGUUGGCCCUGCUCUUAGUAGCAGUAGCAGCAACUUUUCUCCUGCUGUAAUUCCUGUUAGGACUUCCUUGGAGCCCCCCCAGCCCCCUUAUCAUCACCCACCACAGCAGAUGCAGCAGCAGCAACAGCAGCGAAUGAUGAAAUCAGAAAGCAUGCCGGUUCAGCUCAGCAAGGGAGAUGUAGUAACAGGAAGCGAUGCUAAGAUUCCUGUUCCUGUCCAGGCUCUAACUGACCUCCAAGGCCAAAAUUCUAAAAACAUCACUUCAUCUCCGAGUGUCGAGAGUUUGCCUGGAGGACGGGAAUUCACUGGGUCUCCACCUCUGUCUGCUUCCAAGAAAGAUUCUUUUUUCAGCAACAUCUCCCGCUCUCGCUCACAUAGCAAAACCAUGGGCAAAAAAGAAUCGGAGGAGGAAUUAGAGGCCCAAAUUUCAUUUCUUCAAGGACAGCUAAACGAUCUGGACGCUAUGUGCAAAUACUGUGCUAGGAUGAUGAACACUCAUCUCGGAAAUAUUCAAGAUGUCAUAUUACAGGAACAUCUGGAGAAAGAGGAUGAAAUUCUAGUCUCACUGGCUGGUUUGAAACAGAUCAAAGAUAUUCUAAAAGGAUCCCUCCGUUUUAACCAGAGCCAGCUGGAGGCUGAAGAAAAUGAACAAAUCACGAUUGCAGAUGAUCAUUACUGUUCCAGCAAUCAGAACCGGGCACUAAGUGAUCAUUUAAAAGCAUCUGUUGCUCGCAAACAACAAUUCCUUACAACACAACAGGCCCCAGCUGAAACGCCUGCAACUUCUGAAAGCAGGAGCUCAGAUGACUAUAUCCUGGUUUCUAAGGAGGAAGAGGAAGCCAGUGGAAAUGGCGCCUCUGGCCUUACUCAAUCGCUUCAAGCACCCAAAGCAGUGAAGAAUGAAGUUCCAUCCCGCUCACCUUUGGUCUUCUCUGAUCCGCUGAUGGGUGUCAUAUCAGCAUCUUCUAGUAACCUGAGUUCCAGUCCAGAUGACAACAGCAGCAACAAUAGCAAGGAUUCUGACUUCACCAUUGUCAGCCCCUUGGACAUCUAAGUAAAUAGAUUAGAAAUCCAGAGGUCUAUUGCCUCAGUUCUCAAACUGUGAUUCCAGAAGUCUGCAGUUAUUCUUUGAUACAAAUGGAUAGGAGUUAGACAGUAUAUGGCUGAUCAGAUUCAGCAAUCUCUAAAAUCUAGUGGUAAUUCAGAGCACAAAUUGACAGUCCAUUGAAAAACCCUUUAGGGAAUAUAAGAGUUAUGGGUCAGUGGCCUUAAAAUAGACAUAAUGACAAACGUGGAUAUCCAGAUAGGUGAUCUUAGCUGUUCCUUUUGUAAUACCACUAGAGAGUUGAGCAGAGUUGGUGUCACAGACCGUGGUGGUAAAAUAAAGCUGCCUACUGUGUUCUGUCCUGCUAGGUUAUGAAGGGGCAGGUGAUCGAGGGAUUCUAAUUGAGAAAGCAGAAAAGUAAAUGAAGUAAAAAAAAUCAAAGCUUCAGUCAGAGAGGAGUUCUGGCACUGGAAAGUUGUUAUAGCCAACAAGAAACAUAUUUCCUUAAAAAAUGUUAACUUUAGAUUAGACUACAUUAGAGAACAAAAACACCCACAGAUGGGGCAGUUGGUGGUAGUGUGUGUAUGUGUUGACCGAUGACAUACCCACAUGAGGAUGGACAAGUCAGAAAGCAGUUGUUUUUUGUUUGGUUUUUUUUUUUAAAAAAAAAAGCUCCCUGAGAUAUUAGAGCAGCUUAGGGCUGCUUGGGUGGAAGAUGGAAUCAAGGGCUUUUAGGGUUUUUUUUUCUCUUUGUGCUCAAGCUGCCAGGUUGCUCCAGGACAAUUUUGCAGAUUUGCCCUUCGGGAUCAACUUUCCUGCACGUUUUGACUUCAGUGGUCUUGCGCCUUUGAAAAUAACCUGCCAACAGAAAGAAAGCAAGGUCCCUUGAAGCCAAAACCCUGCUGCGGUUAAUUGUCAGACAAGACCAGCUCCAUGUUCUGGGUGACAGAACAAACACUGGUGCAAGGGUGGGGAGAGCCUCUGGGACAGGGGGCCCAGGGUGCUGCAAAUCUGGCUGCUGCAGAUGCUUUUGUUCCCACUCAGGGAAGAAUGGACAGAGGCAAUAAAGCACUACCAGGUCCUGACAAAAUAAGCUCUCCAAACUGUACAAAAAAUGCAUUGGAAAGAGAACCAUCCCAGGGGCACAGAACAGAUUCCGGAGGAACAAAACCCACCUCUGAAUGUAUGCAGGAUUUGAGUAGGUUUGUUGCUAGAUGCUAGGACAGUUGUUUGGCUUUUUUCCUCCACUUGGGCCCAAAAUAGUGAUGAUCCACUUUUCAGCCACCAUAGGUUGAAAAUUAAGUACUAAGCAGUCCGGCUCUUUAAAGUGAAAGACUCUAAAAGAUUAAGUUUAAUCUCCAUUGCCUACUUAAUUUCAUUUUUGUUCAAAAGUGAUUUUAAUUCCAAUUAGUUGGACUCUCUGAUGUUUUUAUACCGACUGGUUUCAAUUUUUUCCUCCAAAGAGAACAAUUUUCUGGGAAAACCCAGAAAAAUCCAUGUCCUUCAAAAGUGUCUUGACCAUCCCAUGGCAGGGAAUCCAAACCAGUUACAUUGAAACCAUCUCCAUAUGUUUGACUUAACACGGGGAUCAGAGCAAGAAUAUGUAAAGUACUUACCGGUGGAAGCACUUUUAUGGCCCACUACUGCUAACCAGAUUUGACUCUGUGGACAAACAUACGACUGUCAGGUUCUCCCACCUGCCAGCUAAGAAAAAAGUAACAACUCAACUCACAAAGACCAGCUUCUGAUGAGGUUGUCAUUUAAAAUUCUAAAAUCCAUUCUUAUAUUCUAGUGGGGGAAUGAGACUUCUUAACACAGAUGCUAUGUAAAGUGUCUAAUAAUUCUAUUUUUACUGAGAUAUUUUGCAUUCCAUGAUUGCUUGGCAGAUGUAUUAAUUAAGCUCUGGUUCUUGACUCUUACUUGUAAAGCAGCUCUCUGAAGAGAGCUUGCAGAAUUGAUUCUGCUGAGUUACUCUCUUUAAAACCCAGUAAGUAUUUUUCAGACUCCUUUGUGGAGCAAGUAUGGUACAGCUCUGCAGUGACCUUGUAACUCUGAGAGUACAUAGACUGUUCUUAGCACUUUCUUGGCCCUUGUAUCAGUAUCAAUAAAUCAAAAGUCAAGUGCUAAAGAAUAGUUCUGACAGCCAUUCCGAUGGUGUGGAAAACACAGUGAUCUGAUAGGUGCCUAAUGAUUACCAGGUCAUUGCCAUUAAUUUGCCCAUCCAGCUUGCCGUAUGGUAAGAUUAACUGUGCCUUGCAAGAUGACCUGCUGAGGCCAAAGUGUUACUUAAUUUGGCACCAUUUAUUGAAAAGCUGUUUGGCCCCAAGCCUUAAAAUAUGACGUGUGUCUCUCCAGCUGAAGCACCUUGGAUGCAUGACAUUUUGACGGUGGGUUGAUGCUGGCUCUGUUUCUGUUUUGUUUCCGAGAGUCGCAGAGUAAAGUAUGUCAGCCUUUAGUUGGUCUGAUUUAGCGCACGGCUUUUUCCUGCUUCACGCUUUUGUUUUUUGUUUUUGUCGAAAUCUGUUUGUACCCUUAAAAACUGAACACUUCUAGCUAUUAGAGCUUUUGUACCCUGCCCCACCCCUGGUCCCCAAAAGCAGAUCCCUCUGGACCCAAGAGGGAUGAAAUGACUAGAAAUGACUAGAAGUGUUGGGAGGGAAUGGAGAGCAGGCCGCAGCUUGCAUGGCACCCAGCACAGAUUCCACUUCCACUGAUUGGAUGAGGCAAAAAAAAAAAAAUUGUCUUUUGUAUUUCUGUCCCUUCAGAGUUUAAACAGUGUUGGUGUCUUAUUUGGUCUCAGUGCCAUGAAAAACUAGGAGUUCUGUUUGUCUUUUAUGAUAUCAGGUACUGAUGUUGGAGUGUACAUUUUUAAAGAAAUCCUGACAAUAUGAAUUUUUUGCAUUUCUUUAGUACAAGUGCAUCAAUCAGAAAAUCCUCUUAGUUUUAAAUAUAUAUUCACAUAUAUACACACAUAUAUAUUUUAAAACAUCAUAGUUUUAAACAUCCUUUAAGCUUAAUCUACUUUUUUAUGCCUUUCCCUCAUGCAUAGCAACUGUAUUUCUCUACCGUUUGAUCAACUCAUAUGUAUGCAGUAGGCAAAGAGCUACAGGUUGAAAAAAGAUAGAUUACAUUGAUCGUUACCUUGCCUUUUCUUGGGUGUAUGUAAAGGAGUCUAUUGCCACUGGAAUAUUCUUCCAAAGGUGAUCUUAUAAUGUUCAUGAUAACUAUAAUCUGAUAGGAAAUAGUAUGCAUUGUAUAGUACUUAGAUAUGAAUGUGAGACUAAAAACUAAAUCACGACCUCCCCAAAGACUUAUUGUAUCUCAUAGCUGUACCGUCUGAUUGGGUCUAGUCUUAUGCAUGAACUAUCAGUGGUACCUUACUGCAGAGAGACAGUGGACCAGAUUGUGAUUUGGG